CGAGCGGGCAGCGGAUGCGAGCAGAGGUCGCCGACGAGCCUCUGAGUGUUUCCUGUCCCUUGUCGGUGCCGGAGGAGCCGUGCCCAUGGAGAAAGCCACCCCGCCGCCCCAGCCCCAGCUCCAGCUGUCCAUAGCCAAGACGGAGAGUCCGGCGGAGGACAUCUCCGGGCUGGCGGACGAGGACCUGGUUAAGUGGUCCAAGGAGGAGCUGGUGCGGCGGCUGAGGCGCUCCGAGGCCGACAAGAUGAGCGUGAUCCUGGACCACGGCAAUCUCAUCCGGGAGGUGAACCGCAGCCUCCAGCUGCACCUGAACGAGAUCCGGGGGCUGAAGGACAUUAACCAGAAGCUGCAGGAGGACAACCGUGAGCUGCGGGACUUGUGCUGCUUCCUAGACGAUGACCGCCAGAAAGGGAAGCGUGUCUCCAGGGAGUGGCAGCGCCUGGGACGAUACAGCGCCAGCAUAAUGCGCAAAGAGGUGACUCUCUACCUCCAAAAACUCAAGGAGCUGGAGCUGCGGCAGGAGGAGGUCAUCCGCGAGAACAUGGAGCUGAAGGAGCUGUGUCUGCUGCUGGACGAGGAGAAGGGAGUGGUGGGUGGAGGUGGUGGCGGCACUGGAAGUGGCAGUGUAGGGGGGGUAGGGAUGGGAGGGUGCCGCAACUCAAUAGACAGCCAGAAUAGCUUGCUGCUGGUGCCCGGGCAGGGGCUCCUGAUGAGAGAUGUAGGGGACGGGAGUAGCACCUCCAGUGCUGGGAGCGCCGACAGCUCCGACCACCCUCAUCACAAGCAGCCUCACCUGGCUGCAGCAGUGGGUGGAGUUGGGAGUGCUGGGGAAAAAAGGAGCCCUGAGCUUGUACAUAAACCCAGGUGUAGCAGCAUAAGUGGAUUAGCAGGCGACAGGGACAUGUCCAGUCCCGACUACCCGGCCGGGCGUCACCGGAGUACCAGCCUGGAGUACCCGUACACCCUGCCCCAGCUCAGCCGACCCCGCUGCGGCUCCAUAUCCGUGCCUGACCACAGUCGAGCCAUGCGAGGCCUCAGCCCGGAGAAAUACGGGAGGAACGUGGGGCGCCGCAGUCCAGAGCAGCACCCCAAGCAUCACAGCUCCGACCUCCUCCUGGGACAGAGGCAGCACUUCCUGGGCCAGGGGGGCAGUGGGGAGCUCUUUCAGAGGCACCACAGGAGCAGCAUCAGCAGCACGGGCUGUGGGAGCCCCGAGCCCCGGCAGGCACAUCUAGGGACAGUGGAGCAUCACGAAAAGGGCUGCGUGGUCCCGGGGGGCAGCCCCGAAAUCCACAGGCACCAGUACAGUAUGAGCCCUGACCAUGUGAAGUUCAGCAGCCCUGUGAGAGACGGGCAGAGGAGGCCGGCCGGAGACGAGCUGUCGCCACAUCACCGAGGCAUCUACAAUGGAAUGAAUGCUUUGAUAUCAGCCGGCUGCUGCACUAACAACUGUAGAAAUGUCAAGUUAUGGGACAGCUUCGAUGCCUCCUCUUGACCCCAAGUUGGACAGUUAUGCUCCUCAAUCAGAGGAGGGGUCGCGGCAGUACAGCCCUCCUGCAUCUCCGGCCUUGAUAGACACGGGGGCCCCUGGGUGCCUCUGUCCACAGCUCCACACGGUCCGUCGCCAAUGGCCUCAUCCAUGUCGGCAGCCCUGACACGGCAUGCCUCCAUUUUCUUUGUUUCUACAUAUCGAUGUUUAAGCGGAGGGGAGUGUCCUGAGAGAAUGCUGUUAACGUGGUUGGUACAACUCGUGAAGACUGCCACACCUAAACGGAUCGGAGCGGAUGUCUCUCCCUGCCAACUGUGACACAGCUACCUCCCAGAGAGCACCCAGAGAGACGGAGGGUGGGCGGCCGCGCUGGGGAUCGGUGAGAGGAGAUGGAAAGGGGGCUGUCCCCUGUUUACAAAUGUAGAUCAUUGGUGGAGAAGCACAGAAAUGAAACUUUCUACGCCCUGCUGUUCUAAACUUUAACUAUUUUGCUACAUACAUCUCUUCGAUCGAGUCCCACUCUCUCCCUCCUCUCUUUCAUCCUCAGACAUUCCUCAUCCAAAAUGUAUAAUGAGACUGGUGUAAUCUAACGUUCUGUCUCCCAUCUCCAAAUCCAGCCGAUCACACGAUCGCCAUCGUAUCCUCCUCCAUCCUCGUAAUUUUUUUCAGCCAUUUCAACUGAACUUUAAAAAAAAAAAAAAUCACAAAACAAAAAACACAGACGUCAAAGAUGAUCAAAGUGAAGAAAAAAAACCUUUUCCUGUGUCUUAAACCAACAUGGUCAACAUUACUAGCUGCUGACAGAUGUCUAGUUCUAUAAGAUGCAAUGUUCAGGUGUAAUUCUUCUUUUUUGUAUUUUCUUCUUUGCUCCCUUCAAGCGCCUAUAUUAUAGCUGGGGAGAAAAUUAUACAUUUCUCCAUGUUGUUUUUUUUUACAAGGAAGUGAAGUCCAAG